ACUAUGAGCUGCACAUUUGCUCAAAAAUCACUGUGGGAACUGUUUCACUUCAGCAAACACCACAUAGGACAUGAGGCUGUUUCUCACAGUUUGUGUGGCUGCACUAUGCACCUGGGCCUUUGCCCGAGGCGACAGUGAUUGUCUUUGGAUCGGGCAUGCCCCCUUUUGUUUCGGCAUGUGUCCUGCGGAGUAUCAAGAAAUUGCGUUCGCCAGUAGAGAUCCCGGCAUUGGAGCGUUUCCCGGAUACAGUAUUGAAACGCCGUUUGGACGCAGGUGUUGGACUGGGUCUAAAAAGCUUUGCUGCAACAAUGAAUUCUUUCAAACUUUCAACAUUGAUCUGAGGGGCAAUAAUGCCACAGAAAAGGCUCCAACAACUGAAAGGGAUUCAAGGUUCUUGGAUGACAACAAUUCCAGAAAAGAGCCACCAAGCUUCCCAAGACAACCAGGCAAUCCCAACUUUGGCCCAGAAGGGAGGGAGCCACCAAGCUUUCCCAGACAACCACCAGGCAAUCCCAGCUUUGGCAAUCUGGGGAAAGAAUCCCCAAGUUUCCCUAGACAACCAAGCAAUCCAGACUAUGACAAUGAUGGGUUUGGUGAAAUUCCAAACAAGUCACAAAUUCCUGGGGACAUUACCAAUCCCCAAAGAGGUUUGCCACCACCUGGUAGACAGCCAAACAGGUUCAACCCAGAAAGACCUCAGGGGAACUACCUGCCACCAAGAUUCCCUGAUAAUUGAUUUGGAUUAACUCAUUAUAUAUCAAAGAAAUUGCGUUACUUGACCUUUGCUUUGAUGAUAAAUAAACAAUAUAUUGAAGUCCUUA